CAGUGCACAAAUCUUGAGUUUUCAUAUGAAAAUAUACUCUGGUUUACGUAACUCCAACACCCACGCUCCUUCUUUCAGGAUAUGCCGCCUUCAGCUCAGGGGCGGCUCCGGGGAGGGACGCGGCGGCGCAGCAAAUGGCGGCCGCUGUGCCCCGCCCGCCGGGCCGGGAGAGGCGGGGCCGUGCGCCAUGGCCGCCAGCCGCUUGCCGCCCAGCGCCCUCACCCUGCGGCAGAGGCAGACCGCCGCCAUCUCCAGGAGUGGGCCCGGGAGGAGUUCCGGAGGAAUAAAGAUGCUACAGAAGAGGAUGCAAUCCGGAUGAUGAUUACUCAAGGCCACAUGCAGCUGCGGGAACUUCAGAGAGCACUGAAGUUGGCCAAGUCCUGAGUGCGGUUUUGCUGACAGCUGGACUUCGAUCUGGUGUAAAUAAACACAGAUUUUUUGUCCAGAAUGUAGUUAUAAUAGCAGCCUUUGGUGAUAUCCUGGUAAUGCUUGAAGGUAGAUGUACCACAGUGGGUUUUUCGAGUUUGGGUUGCUUUUUUCCUCUUCUUCUUGGCUUGGUUACCCUCCCAUGUGGAAAUCACUCGGACACAAAAGGCCUUAAAGAACUGAAUGGAUGAUGGAGCUCGUGCUUUGGGAAAACAGGAAGCCCCCAGAAUUACAACAGCAGUGUUUUGCUAGGGAGACAGAAGAUAAAUAGAAGCCAGCUUAUUCUCUGUCUGUCUCCUGCUACGGUACCUUUAUGUGGUAACAUCUGUGGUGGUAGCAGCCUUUUCUAGGCUAAAGCACUUGGGAUAAAUAAAUGGGUCUAAACCAAACAUGAAAAAA